AUGUUUUCCCCCCUUCAAGGUUCCCUGCUUACCCCCUUCAACCACCGUCUUCCGCUUCACGGCCACGGCGCCAUCUUCGAACUCUCGGCAGCUCGAAAGGCACAGCUCCUCGCGCUGCUUCAUCGACGAGACCGAAUUUCGCACAACAGACACCAGGACCGUAACGUCCCUACGAAGCUGUCUUCUCAGCCACUGCUGAUUGCGUUGCUCUCCUCUCCCGGUCGACGGUCCAUUGUGCACACUCCCUUCGCCGCCGCCUCCCGCGUCUCGGUCCUAGUUGCACCCAGCUUUUGCCUGAAACACCGCAAGCCUACGCUCACCCUUCUACCUCUCGACAACGACAACGGCAUACUUUCGCUCUUUAGCAUUCACUCCACAUCAGCCUCAAUCAGCAGCGUUUUACUGCUUGGACACAUCUAG